AUGGACAAAAUCAGGGAACGGGCCAGUAAAUGGUUCAAGAAGAAGAAGAGCAACCCCGGAACACAGGAUGACACCACCAGCGAUCACAACUCCAAAAGGGUAGGUCUUAUUUAGUGAAUGAUUCAGGUUAUUGAGGGCGGAAAGUAGAUGUAUUUCGAUAGUACUGUAAUUUGUCUUUAAACGUCAAGAACUUACUAUAGUUUGAAUAGGAGAUAGAAACGUAAUUCACUUUUACUAGGUAUGGGUAAACUACUGUAAAUGAAAUAGAAAAGUCAAAAAAUUACAGUAAUUUGCCUAGGCCAAACAAAAAGUACUGUAUAUGGAAUAAAGUGGUAAAAAAGUACUGUAGCUUGCCUAGGGUAAUUAAAAAGCACGGUAGUUUUCAAUAGGUACUGAUAAAAAAACUACUGUGUUUUUUGUAAGCUAGUCACAAGAUACUGUAUAUUGACUAGGUUUACUAAAAAGUACCGUAGCUUAACUAGAUCCAGCAAACAGUACUGUAGCUUGGAUGAGGUGAUUGAGAAGUACUGUAGCUUAAUUAUGGUGAUUAAAAAGUACAGUAGUUUUACUAACAUAAGUAUUAACAAAAAAUUACUGUAGUUUGAAUAAGUAAGCUUAAAAGUAUUUUACUGCUUAACAGUUUAAAUACAGUAAGUAAAACGUACUGUAGACUAACAUAAGCUAGAAUUACGGAAAUGUUAAGCUUCAUUUAAACAUAAAGUUUUUUAGGUACAUAAACGAAGAAGCACCCCAACGAUGAAACGAAACAACAGAUCUUCGUCAAAUGCCGAUGCGGGACCUUCUGUUAUGGCAGCUCCAGACAGGGACAGAGACAGAGACAAAGCGGACGGCAGUUUGAAAAGGUAAGACUUGGCUUUUUAUACCUAAAGUUUAACUUUUUGCAAAAAUUUGUAAAUAAAAAAUGUUUAAAAAUUCAAAAACACCCCUUAAAAUAUUUUUUUCAGAAGAAAAGCAAAAGCUAUUGCAAAAGCUAAAACACCAGAACAAGAAGCACCCAGUCCAGCUGCCCCAGCAGCUAGCCCAUCUUCUCCAGCAGCCAGCCCCGCGGCCCCACCAGCCAGCCCAGGCGCACCAGCAGCCAGUCCAGCUACUCCAGCCGUUAGUCCAGGUAAUCAACAGGUCGAAAUUGUCAUGGACAAGUUCAAUUUCAUCCACAGCACGAUCGACAAAGAGUUGACUGGCUUGAGGAAGGAAUUCAAUACACUGAAGGCAGAAGACAAGACUAGGUCCCCUCAGACAGUGACUGGACAGGAGGCUGAGGAACGGAAUCGGUUUAAGUUGAGUUUAAGAUGUUUUAAAGUUUGAUAUUAGAAAAUAUUGAAAUUUUUAUACGGCAGGGUAUUAUGUAGUCAUUGUACGUUGUUUUGGUUCAUUUUUAAAAAUAUAUUUUUUAAAAAUGCCCAAUAAAUUUCAAAAAACCACAGGGUGGACCAAGUCAACAUUUUUUUAAAAAAAUCUUUGAAAUUUUGAAGUUUUUCAAUUUUUUAGUUGAAAACGUAAAUUUUUCAAAACGUAUCACAUAAAAGACAAGGUAUUACCGGUACACCUCCGAAUGGUCAUUGGCUAAACAGCUAAUUAGAGCUGCAACCUGCGCAUAUGUGGGCGCGAAUUGGCUCAAACUUUUUCGUUUUUCUUGGAGUUUUCUCGAGAGUUUCGUACCUUUAUCUUGCCGUACCUCGGCGGAGGUGAAUGAAAACUCAAAAAUUGUUUAUCUUCGUUAUUUUUAAGGUUUUUAAGAUGUUUUUAAAAAUAUUUUCAAAAGUUGAUUGCGUAUUUUAAGAUUUAUAGCCAAUUUAAAAAACGCGCCCGGAAUUAUUGUUUUUCUUGAUUUUGACUCAGGAUAAAUUAAUAAAACUGUUUUUUUAGAAUAUCCAGUGCAUUGAAGCGACCAAGGCUAAACUGUCGGAUGGAGGGUACUACAAUGCCAAUAUUGUGGACUCAAUGUUCAUUUUGGCACAGUCUCCAUUGGAAAGAACGGUGGCACAUUUCUGGGACUUGGUCUUGGCGAAUGAGGUCGAAGCUGUAGGUUUGUUUUGAAUGUAUAAAAGAUUGUAAAGUUAUGAGAAGGUAAGAUAUAACAUUAAUAUUGUUUUGUUGACUUGAGUUAAGAGUUUUUCCUACAAAAAAUAGGUUUAUAUCAAGUUGUUGGACCUGAUUUUAUGUUCUAGUAGAUACAACCAGCCUUUAGGUCUGAAAAUGAUUGUUUUAUACAAGCUGAUUGUUUUUAAUUAUUAAGGAAAAAAUUUUAUACCUAUUGAUUUACAGAUCAUUCAGUUACAUCCGUGUGAUGAAGGUAAAAAGUGCGCCCGAUAUUAUCCAUCAAAGAUAGGUCAGAGCGCGGAAUAUGGCCCUUAUAAAGUGACCUUUUUAAAAGUAAGUUGUACUUUUAAGUCUAAAAAAUUAAAAUAUGUUAAAAGCUCUAAAGAAACUCAAAAAGCUACAUACAAUCCUAAUUUAUAGGCCGAUCCCCAGCCAGUGGAAGAACCAUCGCUCCAGUUCAUCAAUCUCAAAGUGCAAGGUCCAAAAUCUGAGGCCGCGCUGAAGCACGUCUAUUGGGGUGGGUUCCCAACCCAUGGUUAUCCAGAAGCCUCGAAUACAAUCCCAUUCAUUUGGAAGCAGUUAAAGACGACAAAGAAGAAGAUUCUAGUCCACUGUACGUCGGGUUCUGGUCGAAGCGCGGUCGUGGUGUUGACAUGUCAGAUGUUGGCCAAGAUUCAGAAGAAUGAAGAGGUCAAUAUGCUCAGCAUGACAAAGGAAUUGAGGACCAAACGGCAAAGUGCGAUUCGCAAUGAAAUGGUAAGGGUUUUAGGAAGAAUAUUGAAAAUGUUAAGGUCAAUAUCAAUUUUUAUAUAAAUAACACGUCUAAACCCAUAAUAUUAAUAAAACCUUGUUACAGGAGUACCUGUACGUGUUCCGCGUGCUAUUAUUCUACUUUAUGAAGUACAACGCCAUUGAAAUGAGCCAGAAUCUGUUGAUCUUCAUCGACGACUACGAUUCGUAUGUGAAGAAGUACGAUCAAUCCAGGAAGGAGCAGAACGCCGAAUUUACUGAACCCUCUGAUGAAUGCAAUUAA